AUGGCCAUGAAACCUGAGAUAAUGGCGAUGUACAAGCAGCAAGACUUUGCUGUUCGGUACAAGAUCGCCGAAAAGGUCACCGGCCCGUUCGCCGAGGCGCUGAUUGACAUGUCUGGCGUGACUGAGUCAACUAAGAAACCGCUGGUUAUUCUCGACAAUGCCUGUGGCACGGGCAUCGUUGCGAGAUUCCUCCGUCAGAAAGUGGAUGCUGAGGCCCAGAAGAGCUGGCGACUCACCUGUGGCGAUUUCAGCGAGAUGAUGAUCGAAGUCACGAAGAACACGAUCGAAACUGAGGGCUGGGUCAAUGCUGAGGCUAAAUUGGUGAAUGCUCAGGAUACUGGACUUCCUAGUGAAGAGUUUACCCACGUCUUUGCGGGCUUCGCGUUUACGACGUUUCCCGAUCCCAAAGCUGCUGUGAAGGAAUGUUUCCGAGUCCUUCAGCCAGGUGGUAUUGUCGGCAGCUCGACUUGGAGUUCAACAAACUGGAUCGGAAUAACGAAAGCUGCUAUCGAAAGAAUACCACCCGGAUCUCUUGCCUUCCCAUCGCCGAAAGAAUUCCUCGCCAUCUUCAAUGAAGGCUGGGACUCCGAGUCCUAUGUACGCUCCCAGUUCGAGCAAGAAGGAUUCCAGGAUAUCAAUACCACCACGGUCAUUAAGUACAUGUCAGUCACUGUACCGGAGUUCAUGCAGCUUGUUGAGCCGAUAGUUGGCGCGGGGAUUGGUAAAUUCUGGACCCAGGCACAGCGGGACAAGCACGAGAAGGAUGUUCUCCCGGCGAUUAGGCAGUAUCUGGAGGAGACGUAUGGUGCAGAUGGGCUGGUUCCUUUGGAGCCUAGAGCAGUUCUUGCGACGGCUCGUAAGCCUUUGUGGGUCUGA